AUGUAAAUAGUCAUGAAAAUAAAGGAAACGCAUUGAAUGAGAAGGUGUGUCCAAACUGUUGGCCUGUACUGUAUGAGCAGCUUCCUCAUUCUGCCCAAGCUGCCCCUGCAAGAUGGACCUGAGGGUUGUGCUCAUUUUGACAAGUGCAUACAUCGCUCAAGUUUAUUCCCUGAUGUGCAACAAUUGCUUCCCUGACGCCACUGGAACCUGCCACGAUGUCCAGGGACCCUGCCCUGACCAGUGUGCCAGUGUGAUGAUCGCCACAUACGAAGAUUACAGGAGGAAAGGUGUGAUGACUCUGAAGACAUGUAUGCCCUCUGACAUGUGUGUCAUAGGCUCGCUCAAUUUUGGCAACUCAAGAGUUAAAUCGGAGAGCACCUGCUGCAACACUGACCUCUGCAAUGACAAAACUCCUCAAGAAUCUCUUACAGACAUCUCUAAUAAGAUGAGAUGUUACACCUGCAGAAAUGGAGAUUGUACUUCAAUUAUACAGUGUUUGGGAGAUGAAGAUUGCUGUGUCACAUCUACAUCUACAGAUGGUAUUCAGAAAGGAUGUGCAUCGAGAUCGAUGUGCCAGCAGAGGGGCUCGAGUCACUUCUUAUCCAGCAUGGCGGAUGGUCUGGCCUGCUGCGAGGGGAACCUGUGUAACGGCAUAGAGAGGACCAACAGGAACACAGGAAACUCGGGUCACAAAAGUCACACACAGAGCUUCCUGUUGCUGACACUGCUGAUGUAUGUGGCCUCCAACUGACCUAGUCUCUUGAGCUGUCUAUUGGCUAUUGCAAGUACCACAGUGAGCUAACUAUAAAGGCAUGCAAAAUGUUGCAAAUACACAGAGCACUAUAGGAGCUGCCAACAUGCUAACUGGUGUUUUUUGGUGCUAGAGUCAACAAUGUUGUGAUCUAAAAGAUACUUUCAGUAUUGCAGCCCAGCCCAGAACACAAAGCAAGUUCACAUCUGAUGGGAGCUUAUUUAUAUUCAACCCCUCACAUGACCUAACACAAUUGAAGAUGACACCAAAACUAAUUUCUUGAUAAAAGGUAAUUGCCGUAUAUUACAUGCCUGUUUCUCAUUGACAUCUCUUCUGACCCUGUUUUUUCAUGUUCUCUGUUCAUGGCCUUUUCAUUUUCUCCAUAUGUUUUCUUUCAAUUUCUCCCUGAGAGCUACCAUGCAGAACUUGUCUAGAUACUGACAAUAAAAGAGUUAACACUG